UAUAAACAAACAUGGAGGGAAGGUGUGUGGUUGAGACGCUGACAAAGUUCGGAUUUUCAUCAGAUCCGUGUAUUCUGAAGGUGGGAUCCUGUUUAUGGAAUGAUGUGUUCCUCUGCACCGGAGACGACGAGGUGUAUGCCUUUAACUCCCAAGACAGAAAGCUGAAGGCAAUCGUCCACUUCCCUGCUCCUGUAAGUGACUUGGCUGUCGAUGAUGACAAGCAGAUCCUCUAUGUGGCCUGUUGGAAGGGAGUGUACGGUGUCUGUUUAUCAUCUUUGCUGUGCAGGGUUCAAAGCCCUGACACAUCCUCAUGUCCAUCUCAUGUGAAAGUAUCUGAUGAUCAUUUUGUUAUUGGAGAAGGAGUAUUAGCCCUACUUUUGAUCAACUCUACGCUCUUGAACAUUACCCAGAGAGACACAUCCUGGCUGUUGACACUUCACAAAAUAGCAGAAGAGUCAAUAUUCAGCAGCUAUGAAAUGCUGGGUUCAUUCAAACUUCCUGUAGUAUCAGACACAGUGCAUCAUAGCACAGAUAAGUGCAGAAGGCCAUUGUUGCUCUGUGUCCACUCUGCUGAUACAGAUGCAUCAUCAGAUGGUCUAUCAAGUAAUCACAUCUACCUUGGAGCGAUCCUCUUUAAACUCCUAUUCGGGAUCGACGCAGCCCUCGCCAAAUCGCCGGUUAUUUUUUGUGGUCUACCAGACGGCCGUCUAUGUUUCACGCCUCAGCGAGUCCCAGGAUCUCAGCUCAAAGUCCUGCACAGCCUGGAGCAGCCGGUCGUGUUUGUCGGUGCGUUCGCAGGAUGUCUGGUCGCUGUGGGCGAACAAGGCAGAGUGGUGCUGAUCACAUCCCAGCAAGCAGGGCCAGAAGGAGGAGGCUUGCGUGCUGCUUUUUCUGAAGUGUGCAUCCCCGGGCCUGUGGUGUGUGCUUGCCUGGAUGGACAGUCCCUUUACUAUAGCACUGGUUCAGACCUGCUGGUACUGGAUCUGUCACUGAGAUCCACUGGCGGAUCAGAGUCAGCAAAAGGGGAGGUGGGAUCCAGUAAUAAGAGAGAUGGUGCACUUUACCAGCCCACCAGUUUAAAUGUGUGUGGAGUCAUCGCCCUGGUGCAACAUGCAAGCAACACGGCAGGUGAAGCUCAGCUGCUGGGGCUGUCUUCCAGGGGGCAGCUCCAGAAGAUUAUCUUACCUAUAAGGGGGCAGGAUGCAUCAUCGUCCAAUCUUGCUUCUUCACAUGUUGGCCGCAGCAUCAAAGAUGUCCUGGCAGCUAUAGGAGACAUUUAUGAAAGAUCAUCGGUGCUAAAAGCUGCCAUCAAAUCCAAAAACCAAACCAUGCAGCAACUGAAUCAGGUACUCAACAUCAGCUUCUUAUUGAACGAUGGAGCAGACAGCCAGGAAAAGUCAAUCCAUUGUCACGCCACCACUUGUUGGAGCACAUUGCUUGGGAAAGACUCCCUCAACUUGAAGUGCAUCCUGGAUAAUGGAAGUUGUUAUGUUCUGGAACGAGGAUGGACACUAAGCAUCACGGUGUCUCCUUUGUGUGACUCCCAAAGAGGCGAAAGCUGCUCCACACAUUAUUCAUUCCCAUUCCAUCCUCUCCAUCCGGGGGGUAAAGUGGAGGUUUCCCUGCCUUUAGCUUCUGCAGGAGAGUCAUCCUUCCCUGUUACACUUUUCUGCUCGCUUGUCUUCUCCCUCUCGGGUCUUCUUGGAGAGGAGGCAGCGUUAGGCCUACCUAAUAGAGGUCUUGUCAGUUUGCCAUUGAACACUCUGACUGUGGAUUGGUUGCAUGCCCUGCAGGGGAUCAGUCCUACAGACGCUGCAUCUCAACACUGCAACAUUGACAACAUUCAAGCUUUUUUGAACUCACGCCUCAGUGGAAGAGGAGGAGGGGAUGCAGGGAACUUGCAGCACUCUGCAAGCAUCAAGGUGUCAUCACAGUUAUUGAGGGACACGUUGAUGUUGAGACCACCUUCAAAUGUGGACGUCGCCCUGCUGAAAUGGCUCCUCUGUAAAGCUCAUGAAGGGGUGAUGGUGCAAAAAGACAAGUUGGUCCUCAGCAACUCGGUGGUCCAUGCUCGAGCCCCAAAUGGACAUAUUAUAAAGCUGACAGCAAAAGAGGCACACGUGGGGACGGAGGAGGAGCUCCUGGCUAUUACAGAGAUUCAGUUUGAGAGCUCCUCUAUGGCAGCCGUGUGUGGAAUGCAUCAUGCAGUCCUGCGUAGAGUAAAGAGUUUGCUGCAGAGAGCACCGGAAAAGUCUUCUUCUACCAUCAAGAUGCAGAGUUUAUGUGUGAGGCAAGCACUGCAACGGGCCGAGGGUCGCGGAUAUGCUGGAGCCUAUCCCAGCUGACUUUGGGCGAGAGGCGGGACUUGUCAUCAGCAGGGCACAUUUAUGUGUGUGUGUAUACAGUAUAUACAUAUAUAGACAAACAAUCAUUCAUGUCUAUGGAGAAUUUAGAGUCGCCAAUUAACCUAACAUGCAUGUUUUCGGAAUGUGGGAGGAAAACGGAGUACCCGGAGAAAACCGAGAAAACGCACGGGGAGAACAUGCAAACUCCACAUAGACAUGCCCAACGGAGAUUCGAACCCUGAUCUUCCCGAUCUCCUGACUGUGUGGUCAACAUGCUAACGAGGCCACCGUGAGGCCCCAUCUUCAUUGCCAUAUUGAAUAUAAUUAUGACCGCAACUACUCUGAUUACCUGUAAACUUUGAAAAUGUGAAUGUGAAGUACUCAUUGUUAAUAUUUAUAAUAGUAUUUCCAAAUUUACCGGUUAGAUUUUGUAUAUGUUUUAUAGAAAGAGGUACAUCAUUUUGACUUGUAACUUGCACCCUGCUGCACCCCUGAUAUACAUGUACAACGUACAUAAAUACGUACUCAAAUUUGUUUUUAAUAUAAAUGUACUAAAUAUAUGUAAUUUUUACAUUCAUAGUAGGAGGUAGAUCUUUGGAACUUGGUCAUUUUAAAAGUAGCUCACAGGCUGAAAAAGUGUGCUUUAGAGUAGUCAGUGUCGAGCUUUUAUAGCAGUAUACAGUAUGUUGUAUGUCUAAUGGAAACGAAGCUUUUAAAGCAUUCCUUUCUUUCUAAAUUGAAUAUGUUGUGCUGUUUAUGUCAGACUCUGUUGCAGCAGGUCCAGCAAAGUCGAAUCUCAAGCAGCUUCAGUGGGGGCGUGUCCACAGGGCAGGUGACAUCAUGUCUUCUCACUGUCUAUCAAGAGCUCAGAGAAAAUUCUCUCUAUAUUGUUUAACAUCUGUGUAAGCAGAGCUAACUUUUACACGCACACGAAUGUGAGUUGUGCCUUUGUGUUUCUUUGUCUUAUGAUGUUACAUUAAACGAAGAGAACUAUACUAUUAUUUUUAACUAUUACCUUCAUUAUUAUGGCUUGUUAGUGAUUUUGUACACACAGCAAAAUAAAGAUAUACAGAAUCUUAUGUGUAUAUUUUCAUCAGAAUUUAGACAAGGGAACAGAAAGUUGUAUUUAUCCAUAUUGCAGUGACACUAGACUUUUUCUUCAAGUUUGAUGCUUUAAAAACGGCAAUACAACAAAAUGAAGCAUACAGUCUAGUGAAAAUGCUAUAUUUUGACAAAAAAAAAACCUCACAAUAUUUUGCCAUAAUUUAAAAGCAAUUCGGAAGGACGUAUUUAUUGUUUACAACAUUAAUUAAUAAAAAGCAAAGUUUUUAAGUAACACCGUACAAGUAUAUAAAUAGUGUGAAUAUAUGAAAUUAAAAAAAAAAGUCUAAAUGACAUACAGCAGUGGCUCUUUCUCCAUUAGUCCAUUAGGGGGCAGCAGAUUACCUUAAAUUAGAUUCCCUGGCCUUUCAACUCAAAGCCAUUGGGAUUGGAUUGGAUUCACACAAUAUUCAAGUUUUGAAGCAACACAUGUUGGAUGGUUUAAUGAGCAUUUUUUUUCUUUUUUUCCACCAAAAAUGUACUCAUUAUUGGUUCAUUUUACAGAAUUUGCAAGGAAUAUUAAAACAAACAGUCAAAAAAUGACACAAAUUGUGAUCUGCAUUGAGCUCUUUAUGUUGGACUGCUCCAGGUGUUGAUGGUGGUGGGCUAAUAUCACAGAAAAUAUCGAAUUUUAUACACAAUACAUAGCACAGACAUGAAAAGAGAAAAGCAGGCAAUGUUUGCUCUUACUUGAAUUAGCAAAUUUGAAUAUGGCAAAAUAGUGUUUUUAGGGCUGCAUGUCUGUGGGGUUUGUACAGCAUUGGUCGUCGUUUCUUACUAUUUGUACAAUUUCCCACUAAAUUCUCACGAGAACACUGGUAAUUCAUAAUACUGGCGUGAGUGGUGAUUCCCAACCACAGAGACACGGCACACUUAGUUAUCCAAAUUUACUGAAUUGGUCCAAGCGUUGUUAUUUAUUGAUGACAAUAUAUCUUUUUUCAUGUAUCUAUACCAGGGACAUAUAGUGACAAGCAGAAUGAUUAAAUUCUUUCUGGUGGUGUGCCAUGAGAUUUUUCGAAUGUAAAAUAUGUGCCUUGGAUCAAUAACGGGUGGGAAACACUGCAAUAAACUACAGCUAGUAGAUUGAAUGCUCCCUUAGAGCAUGUCAACACAAUUUGAACAAACAAAGUCGUGUAAAUCGACUUUGCCUCUUCUUAAAAGGAAACAAGAGUAUGCAAAAACAGCUAACAUGUAGUGGACAUGAGAGUUAGCCUGCAGUAGAAACCUGAUCUCAUCUGUUAAUAAACUCCCUGCAUCACACUAAUGAGGGACUAAAAGGUGACCUCCGUUCUCCCUUAAUGGCGACUAUGUCUUUCUCAAAUGACACUACCGUGAAUGGCAAGUCAUUUACUAAAGCACCACUUUGUUUCCUUAAGGAAGAAAGGUAAGGCGGCAUAGAAAAAUCCCUAACCAGAAUCAGACAACUGUUUGAAUGCCUAUUUAUCAAAUGUUAAUUGCAGUAGAAGUUUCCUCCUCAUUGCUGAUCUUCUACCUUAAAGUUCACAUUAUGGAUAGAAAAUGUCUCUUUGACAACAGGAGAUCACAGGUAUGUUUUUUUUCUUGCAUUAAUACUCCCACAAAGCUGAGCUGCUCAGAUUGAGUCCAUCUGCUUUAAGCGUGCCUCCCUGGUCUCCACGCAGAUACUGGCCGUUCUUGCCACGGAUGGCGAGACGGCCUCGCUCCAGGAGCUCCAGACUGAAAUCCUCUGGGACUUCACCAUCUGAACACACCAGACCAGCACUGUUGACGUACCAGAAGCGACCAGUCACACCUGUGGGGUAAAUGCACCGAAUUACAGAGUACAAAAGACACUAACUUCACCAUAUGGGCACAAAUAUUGUAUAUGCUUGUUUUUUGGUUGGAUAUUGGAUCUCAUUAGAUUGGUAAAGUGGUCAUAAUAGGUACAUCGAUAUUGAUAUGAAGCCAGUUGGCCAUACAUACAACUUAUUCCAACCAGCCAUGGGAGAAGGAGGGGCUGUUCUAACAAAGUUGGAAUAGCAUGGAAAAUGAUGUAGGAAUAUUUCCCUUCACUGAACUAAAACCACUUUUCCAAAAAAAAAAAAAAGCAAAGUGGAAGAGCAAACAUGGCUCUGGCUUGUGUUUCUCCUGCAGGGUGUGCUAGUGGCAUACUAGCUGCGUCAGCGUAGUGUGACAUCAUCAUAGCGUGACGCAAUGGAUUCAACAUAGAAGAUGAACAAACUAGCUUUUAUUGAGAAAACUCAUCUAUUAUCUCUGUAGGACAAACAUGACAUUUAAUUCAAAUUAUUCUCUGGCAUUUGACUAAAUUCAAUCAAUUAUGGCAGGGGUGUCCAAGCGUUUUCCUCCAAGGGCAGUUCGGAGGUUAUGUUUGUGCCGGCGUUUAUCUGUUUGUUUGUGUUCAAAAUAACUUCAAAAGUUCUGAAUGGAUUUCGAUGAAAUUUUCAAGAAUUGUCGAAAAUGGGAUGUGGAAAAACUGAUUACAUUUUGGGGGUGACCCAGAUCACCGUCUGGAGCCGGGAUUUUUUUUUUUUAAAGGAUUCUUUAACAUUGUGAGAUAGAACCAUUUUCGCCAUUUGUGCACAUAACGCCACAAAAAAUGGCCAGAGCAUUUGUAAAAUAAAAAAAAAAAUACAGGACAAGAUUCCAACAGGUUCUACAAAAGAUCAAAGACUGAUCCAAAAAAUGUAGGAUUAUUAUUUUGGUGUGAAUCACAAUGUGCGGGGAACUAUGGUGCUAGGUGGAGGUCUGCGCUCUGUGUUUUUCUAAGUUUUUAAAUUUUCUUUUACAAUUGUUUUAACAACAAACAAUUAAAUGAGCAAACAAUAAAAUAACAAUUUGUCUCUUCUUCAUGUUCUUCAAUAGCACCUCUACUGGUGGUCGCUCUUGAGUGCACUCCAUUUUGCCUCAAAACUUGAUCAUAUCCACCAAAAUCCUUAACUUAAUUCUUAACCUAAUAAAUUAACAGUACACAUCUGCAAGUUUAAAUAUUACGUGUGGAGUACCCCAGGGGUCAAUAUUGGGACCAAAACUGUUCAAUUUGUAUAUCAAUGAAAGCUGUACAGUGAUGAAAGACUUAAAGUUGGUAUUAUUUACAAAUGAUACUACUGCCUUUUGUUCUGGGGAAAGCACACAAGAGCUAAUUAAAAAAAGUCACGGAUGAAAUGGCCAUAUAAAAAAAUGGUUUGAUAAAAACAGAUUAUACUUGAAUUUUAGUAAAACUAAAAUAAUGCUGUUUGGCAGAAUAGCAGAAAGGACAUGUGCGACCAAAUACAAAUAGACGGAGUGGACAUUGAAAGGGUGAACGAAAAUAAAUAUCUGGGGAUCGUAAAUAGAUGAAAAAAUUAGCUGGAAAAAAUAAAGCAAAAUGUGUUAUUGAUCAAAAAUCACUCCACACUCUACUGUUCUCUGGUAUUGCCAUGUCUAACUUAUUGUGUGGCGAUAUGGAGUAAUAUGGGUAUAUGUGGUAUGGGGUAACUAUAAAAGCAAUCUUUACUUGCUAAAUGUAAAAUGUACUGCAAAAAAGAUCAGUGAGGAUAAUUCAUAUUGCCACAUAUAGAGAAAAUACAAGUGCCAUCACCAAUAUUAAAGUUAUCUGAAAGUAAAUUUCCUACCCAAAAAUGUCAUACAAUACUUUCUACAAGAGAGGAGAAAUAUGAUUUUAGGGAAAAGCUAAACUUGAAACACUUAUAUGCGAGAACAACGCUAAAAACCCACAGCAUUUCAGUAUGUGGAAUGAAAUUAUGGAACGGCUUGAGUAAGGAACUCAAACAAUGCAUGCAAAAUGAGCGAAUUCAAAAAACAAUACAAGCAGUUGAUGUUUGCAAAAUACAAGGCAGAAGAGACUUGAACUUGUUUUGUUACACUUGUCUCUGUUUAUAUUUAUUUAUUUAUUAUUAUACUGAUUGUUGUAUUUAUUGUGAAAAAAAUCUUAAUAAUUAAAUCAUCAUAUUGUUUGUAUAUUAUUCUAUGUGUUAAAAAAAUCACAUAAGGAAUACAGGAAGUGAAUAAAUGUACUGCACAAGAUGUGGAACGGAUGGGUAGGAUUAAAUAAGCUUGCUUUUUCCUACUCCUUUUGGACAUG